CGUUGGGAUCUGAAAAAUGACGAAACUACCCCUCCUCCUCUCGCCCCGCGCCGCCACCGCGCUGACCACGUCCCCGUCGCUGCCACCGGCGCGCCGCCUCGCCGGAGCAGCAGACGCCGACCAAGCGCUGACGAUGUCGGCGGCGGAGGCCGGGGAGUACCCGGUCCCGGUCUCCCCGCCCUACCCGGCGGUGUCCAAGGACGUGGAGCUCCGGCGCGCCAUGACGGCCUCGGCCCGCUCCGCCGCCUACUCCUCCGCGACCGUCGUGUUCGAGGACGAGUGGCUCGCCGUCGUCGACAAGCCCGCCGGCGUCUACUGCGACGCCCUCCUCUCCGUGCUCCCUUGCCCCGGCAGCUCCGCCGCCGCGUCAGGGGACACAUCAACAAAACCUAAUCUUCACCUUGCCAACAGGCUAGACCGGGAUACCAGUGGCCUCAUGGUCAUUACCAAAUGCAAUAAGGUUGCUGGGAAGCUAGUGAAGGCAUUUACAGAGCACGAAGUUAAGAAAACAUAUCUAGCACUUUGCAUUGGAUGCCCACCAACAUGGGAGAAGAUUAAGAUAUGUUCUGGCCAUGGCCGAUCAAAACACGGUGCUUGGCGUGUGUACGCAAUGUCUGAUGUUGGACGAUCACUGCCUGGGGGUUCUGUUGUAAGGGACAUGAGUACCCAAUUUGAAGUGUUGGGAAUCAAUGGUAAUUGCCAGUUUAGAGAACCAUCUAAUCUUGAAGUUGACGAAAUAGAGUCUAUUACUGUACAGGAGAAGGCAGCUGACCUGAAUUCAAACAGUGAUGUGAAGAACAGCAGCAUGAUUUUAGUUAGAGCCUAUCCGCGAAGUGGACGAACACAUCAGAUUCGUCUACACUGCCAGUAUCUUGGGAUCCCUAUCAGAGGUGAUGUGAAGUAUGGUGGAGUUAUUGAGUGGAAUGGUGUGGAUUAUGAUGGCCAUGCAUUGCAUGCAGAGAGCUUGUCAUUUGUACACCCAGUCACUGGAUUGCCAGUCACCUUCCGAUCACCUCUCGCUUCUUGGGCGAAUGAAUUUAUUUCAACAAUGGAAUGAAUUCUUUUUAACUUUUUGUAAAUCGUGAUGCAUCGCCUGCCAAUUGAUGCUGAUCCCCUUUUUUUUACCAAGAGCACAUCAUCUCAAUUGCUCAUAUAACAAUGCCCUCCAGAAAUGCCUUCAUGCUGGUUUUUCAUGGGCAUCACUACAUCAGCACUUUGUGAAAAAGGCUACCAGUCUUCAACUACUGAUAUGAUUACUGUAACACAAUUUUGCAUUAGAGUUUAGAGUGCUGCAACUGUAACCAUGAAAUACCUUUUGUAGCUAGGGAGAUUCAGCUUGUUAUUAGAGCAUUGCUCCGAUGUUGAAAAUGUAGCCAAGCAUGCAUUUUGAAUCAUAUGAUAUUCGACUGUUGAGCAGUGCAUAUACACAUGUGUUUCAAACAUCCAUAAUUUUAGGAUCCAGAUCUAAAGGUGCUCUUCAGUAGUCCCAAAAUUGAAUGUUUCAGUUAUUGAGCCUGAGCAAAGACUUCUUGUGGUUGAAGACUGCACAAUUGUUAUCCCUUGGCAGUUAUUGCUUACAAUGAAAUUCUUGCAAUCAGAUUUUAAUGGUCAUACGACUCUCCAAGUUUUGAAACAAUUGCUGCUCAUCGUGUGCA